AUGUCGAACAUACCAAACGCGCCUGCAAAAGUGGAACUAACAGUCACGUUUUACGAACGCGGAAACACCAGUGAAAUUACAGCACCAAUUGAGACAAUGGUCAUUGGUACAGAUUACACCAGAAACUCGUCAACUGUGGUCCUUGUUCCUAUCCCGUCUAUCACAAGACCGACAAAGAUAGACGUAUGGCGUGACGGGAUUGAUUCUACCCUUUGGAAACUGUUGAAGUUGACCAUGGAAAGUUCAUCGUAUACUUUUACGUUUGAAUGCGACUGCUUGAUUGGUACUGACAGCGCUAAGUCCACCAUAUUUCCAACAGAAGACAUGUGGCAGAUUGAGACAGAAACCAGCGUGAAAACUUACGCUGGAUCUCGUAGUGAUUUUAGCCUUACGGUAUGGGACAGUACUGGUAUAAGCCAAACAACCAUGUUUUAUAAAAGUUUCAAGAAAGGAGAAACAACAACCAUAGAUAAUCUGUCCCUACAUCUGAACAGUCCUGUAAAGUACAGUUUGCAGAUGGUUGGAAACAAGGACGGUACAAAGCCUGAUUGUUUUACAAGUACAACCUCUACCACUACAACUUCUACCACUACAACAACCGUUCCUACUACCACUACCAUCACCGUUCCUACUACCACUACCACCACUAACAUUCCUACUACGAUUACCACUACAGAAUCAUCAGCAUCAACUGAGAUACAGUCAACCAGGGAAAUGAACACCACGAAAGAAGCUGUUGAUUGGAAGAUCAGUGUUACAACUGGCUACAUGUUGAACACAUCCUUCACGAAAGCCGACUUUACAGUCACAUUCUACGAACGCGGGAACACCAGCGAAAGUGAUGCACCUAAUGUAACCAUGACAAUAACGAUAACACAAUUCUCAGCAUCCCACGCUGUUGUUAAUGUCACUAUCCCAGCUAUCACAAGACCGAAGAUGAUAGACGUUUGGCAAAACUCAACUGAAUCUUUUCUUUGGAAAAUGGUAAAGUUGACGAUGGAAAGCGCCUCAUAUAACUUUACAUUCGAAUGUGACUGCUGGAUUGGAAAUAGCCACAACAAGACUACCAUAGCCGCAAAAGAGGAUAUGUGGGCAAUACAGACAACAACUGGAAAGAUAAGUUUUCGUGCUGCUAACGCAACAUUCAGCAUUACUGUGUGGGACAGUACAGCGCCUGAUUGUCCUAUAACCACCACCUCCACCACCAAUGCCGUUACCACCACUCCGACAGCACCACCAUUCGAGACGCUGUCCACCACAACAGAGAUUUUCAGAAAUGUCACAUCUGAUGUAUCUAACAAUGCUUCAAUAAGGAAGAAGACAAGCGCAACUGACAGCCGCGACUCCUCGAAAGCUAUCGGGUUUUUUGGAGCAGCACUUCUUGCUAUUCCCUUUGUAUUUAUAAUGGUCUUGGAUCUCAGCCGGUUCUUUCAAUUCCUGCAAUCUUUAUAA